AUGGAGCAAGUGUCAUCAACAGGCAGACCUGUGCUGAUCACUGUAACAGAUGGAUACGACUUGAAAGGUUUUAAAGGAGAUACUCCAGUUACCUUUAUUCAUGCAGAAUUCAAUCAAAUGGUUUUGGGAGACUCGGCCAAAAUUACUGUUUCUUCAGAGGGAACUGCAAAAUACAACUUCACCAGCAGUUUUGAAUUCAAUCCUGAAGGAGGAGCCACUUUAGAUGACAUCGCUCACAAACCUGUGUUAUUAACGAUGACUGAAGUUUUACCAAAGGAAAAGAAGCAGAAAGAUGAGAAGAUCUUAGUUCUUGGUCAAGCUGUGGUGGAUCUGCUUCCUUUACUGGAAGGAGAGAGUUCAUUUGAAGCAAUGAUCCCACUGCAUCCUGUGCCAGGCUCACCCCUAGAAAUUGUUCGUCCAGGUGGUAAGCAAUGCAGUCUUGAAGUGAAAGUAUUUGUGUCAGAGCCAUUACUGACCUCAGCCCAGAUCUUGGGGAGCAAUCUACUGAGAGUCACGCUGGAGGCAGCCUACUCUGUGCCUGAGUCCUUUGUUUUAGCUGGGCCCCAGCAGAACUACAUGGUUGGUCUGCAAAUUCCAUCAACUGGGGAGAAAGAUUCCCCCAUAUUAUUCAAAAAUGGAACUCUGAAGGUUGGAGGUGAAAGAGAGCCUCUUCCCCGGCCCAAGAAGUGGCCUAUUGCUAAUAUUCUGGCCCCAGGAGCUAAUAACAUUCCUGAUGCAUUCAUCGUUGGUGGUCCCUAUGAAGAGGAGGAAGGAGAACUUAACCGCCCUGAGGACAGGGAAUUCAGAAACCAAGCAGAAUGCAUAAAAAAAAGGAUUGUUUGGGAUCUGGAAACUCGAUGCUACCUUGAUCCUUCUGCAGUGGUCAGUUUUCAGAAACGGAUUGCUGAUUGCCGAUUGUGGCCUGUAGAGAUGACGAGAGUUCCUUUGAUUGCUGCAGCCAAAGGAAAAGGUGGCAAGGCAGAUAAGAGUGACGAUGACAGUCCGCUUUCAUACCAUGGUGUGGCUUAUGUUAAUAUGGUACCAUUGCUGUAUCCAGGUGUAAAUAGGAUUCGAGGAGCUUUUCACGUUUACCCUUAUCUAGAUAGUACAGUUUAUGAGAAGACCAAAUGUUUAUUCAGCUUGUUUCGGGAUACUGGUCAUCAUUUGACCCAGAAUAAUAAAACAGGAGGAAUUAUUUCUCCACAAUCCAAGUCUAUUCUUUCUAAGAACCUGAAAGAAGAUAAAACAAUCAAAGAAAAAGAUGUGGUAAGGAAGGGCAAGGACUGGGGGGUGCGGUGGGAAGCACCUAGCAUAAAAUCUAAGAGUUCAGAUACUCCUUUGGAAGCUGAACUAUCUCUCAACCACAAUCCAGAGGGACAGCAAUAUACAGAAGCAGGGACAUAUCUUGUAUUGGAGAUUGAACUGAACAAAGCCUUGGUUCCAAAGCGAAUGCCAGAGGAGCUAGCCAGAAGGGUCAAGGAGAUGGUUCCUCCAAGGCCUCCACUUACCCGUCGCACAGGAGGCGCUCAGAAGGCGGUGACUGACUAUCACAUGCAGAUCAAGAACAUUUCACGAGCCAUUCUGGAUGAGUACCACAGGAUGUUUGGGAAAGAAGUGGCCAGACUGGACAAUGAAAUAGAUAGUGAAACCCUAGAGGAGCAGAAGUGCCAACUCAACUAUGAACUUAAUUCUUCUGGAAAAUACUUUGCUUUUAAAGAACGACUCAAGCAUGCUGUGGUAAAGAUUGUGAGAGAGAAGUACUUGAAGACAUCACCAUUUGAAAGCCAGGAGGAACUGCAGACGUUUAUCAGUGAACUCUAUGUAUUCUUGGUGGAUCAGAUGCAUGUGGCCCUGAACAAGGUCAUGCCAGACAAUACCCAAGGGCCUAUUUCAACCACUUAUACGAACAGUGAACAGCUCCGACUCUUCGCCUAUGAAGCCCAAGUCAAUGAGAAUUUUGAAAUGGCAACAACAUAUUAUGAAGAGAGGUUGGUCCGUGAACCCCAGAAGUUGGAGCACUGGUUGGACUUUGGUGCCUUCUACCUUCUGAUUGAGGACAAUGUCAAAGCACAGGAGUGUUUUCGGAAAGCCCUUUCUCUCAACAAGAGACACAUCUGCAGCCUGCUGCUCUGUGGUGUCCUGGCUGUCCUGAGGGAGAGCUAUGAGGAAGCAGACAUUUUUUUUGAAGAUGCAACUACCUUGGAGCCAACCAACGUUGUGGCCUGGACUUUACUUGGUUUGUACUAUGAAAUUAAAAACAAUGAUAUUCGAAAGGAAAUGGCAUUUCAUGAGGCCUUCAAACAGCUGCAAAAUCGAAUAAUGAAGGAGAACACAGGAACUCUAGAGUUCCUUGAAGAGGGAAGGAAGACAGAACCUAGCUUCGCCCCUUGGGGGCUCACAAAUGCAUCCUCAGCAACAGCAAUCAAGGCAGAAGCACCAGCUGCACCUGGAGGAGAAGCUCCACUAGCCAUUACUGAUCAAUUUCUUGAAGAAACUCCCAAACUGAAGGCUGAGUUAAAAGACCACUUUUCAGAUCCAGUUACUAACCGGAAACCAUCCAGUGCAUCUAAGGAGGUGCCAGAAAAGAAUGAAACAUCAACAUGUCAAAUGUCAUCAACCAUUCUGAAUCCUGUCCAUAAUGUUUCCCAAACUCCCACCACCAUCUUCAUGGAGACCAUACGUUUCUUGAUGAAGGUCAAUGCUGUGCAGUUUGUGCAGAGAGUGCUUGCGCAUGAACUGCUGUGCCCUCAGGGAGGCCCCAGCUGUGAGUACUAUUUGGUUCUGGCCCAAACACACCUUCUCAAGAAGGACUAUGCCAAGGCAGAGGAAUAUCUUCAACACGCAGCUCAGAUGGACUACCUGAACCCUAAUGUCUGGGGCGUGAAAGGUCAUCUCUAUUUUCUGAGUGGAAAUCAUGCUGAGGCCAAAGCGUGCUAUGAACGAACCAUUAGUUUUGUAGCAGAUGCUUCUGAAAUGCACUUCAUCUUUCUGCGUCUGGGCCUUAUCUAUCUGGAAGAGAAAGAGUAUGAAAAAGCCAAGAGGACCUACCUGCAAGUUUGUAAGAGAUCACCUUCAUGCCUUACCUGGUUGGGACUGGGGAUCUCCUGCUAUCGGCUGGAGGAGCUCACGGAGGCUGAAGAAGCGCUCUCAGAAGCCAACGCGUUGAACAACUGUAACGCUGAAGUGUGGGCAUAUCUGGCUCUGGUCUGCCUGAAAGCUGGAAGACAGCUGGAGGCUGAGCAGGCCUACAAGUACACAAUAAAGCUGAAGUUGAAAGAUGAGGCUCUGCUUGCAGAGAUCCACAUGGUACAGGAAAUGGUUGGUUUUGGAAAUCCAUCUUUUUUACAUCAUUACAACUGA